AUGGCCAUGUUUUCCUCCACACCGUUCUCUGUCAGGGACAUUCUGAACCUGGAGCAGGCGCAGGGCGACGUGGCCCCGCUGGACAUGGACGGCUCGUCCUGCAUGCUGGCCGCCUUCAAGCAGGAGCCCGCCUUCAUGGACGUGCAGCCCGGAGCCACCGCGGCCGCCCUGUUCGGCCACGACGAGCAGCAGGACGGGAAAGGCCAGAGAAGCAGCGCGGCCCUCAGCUACGAGCCUGCCUUUUAUGGCAAGGACUUCUUAGAGAUGGAGCUGGACAAAGAGGCCAAGACGGACGACGCGUUCGAGGGCAAAGAGAGGAAAGCCUCCAGCUGCCCCCCCGCUGAUGACCAGCCCCGAGCGCCGGGCUCGGCUCGCGCGGCCCCGCGGAAAAGGAGGAAGCCGCGCGUGCUCUUCUCACAGGCGCAGGUGUGCGAGCUCGAGCGGCGCUUCACGCAGCAGCGCUACCUGUCCGCGGCCGAGCGCGAGCACCUGGCCGGCGCGCUGCGGCUCACCUCCACGCAGGUCAAAAUCUGGUUCCAGAACCGCCGCUACAAGUGCAAGCGGCAGCGGCAGGAGCGCGCGCUGGAGGCGGCGGGGCUGGGCGGCCCGCGGCGCGUGUCCGUGCCAGUGCUGGUGCGCGACGGCAAGCCGUGCAUCGCGGACGCGGCGGCGGCGGCAGCGGCGGCCUACGGCGGCUCGUGCAGCAUGGGCGUGAGCCCCUUCCCGUACGGAGCGUACCCGGCUGCUUUCGGCAGCUUCCCGAGCCCCGGCGGCUCGAACUAUGCGUGCAACUACUCAGCGGCCGCGGCGAGCGUGCCGGCCAUCCACCACUCAGCGUCGCCGUCCAGCGCCAACUACAUGAACUUCGGGGAGCUGAGCAACGUGCAGACGCCGCUGCAGUCCGGCGGGGGGGUCUCCUCACUGCACGGCAUACGGGCCUGGUGA